UCAAUCAGUAUUUUGAUCAAUAACAAGGGAAACUUUUUGUAUUUAAGUUAAUUGUCUGAAAAUUUUUGACACUUUAAUUAUUUCAUCUAGAGAGCAAGUUAAUUAUUAAUCAAGAUAUUUAAAUGUUACAAUUUAAAGGGAAAAGUGGUAAAUAAAAACAGAGUAUCCAAUGACUACCAAUGUUUAUUUUCCUCGAAGGUUAAUUUUUUUGUUCGGUUCACUUUCACUUCUCGUGAUUAAGGUUUAAUUAAGUUUAAUUGUGUUGACAAUCAAAUGGACAAGUAUAAAAUAAUUGGUAAUAUAAGUGCUGGUGCUCAUGGGAUAGUUUUAAAAGCAAUUAAAUCGUCGCAUGUUGAUUAUGUCCCAAGCGGUGAUCGUGAUGAUAAAUUGUUAGCAAUUAAACGAGUUUUCAUACGGAAAAAAGCAAUGUCUUUAUCGGUGAUCAGGGAAAUUAAAUCAUUACAAUUACUGGAUAAACAUUUACAUAUUACUCCAUUGAUUGAUGUUUUUGUUCAAGGCUCAUCGAUUAAUAUGGUUUUCCCUUUGUAUCCAGUUAAUUUAACUACACUGAUUUACGAAUACAAUUUAACUAAUAUUCAACGAUCAAUUUACACUUACAUGAUACUUGAUGGUUUAUCUUAUUGUCAUUCACAAUCAAUUAUUCACCGAGACCUGAAACCAAGUAAUUUACUGAUUGAUUGGUCAGGAAUACUUAAAUUGGCCGAUUUUGGUCAAGCUCGGCUUUUACCACAAUCAGCUAAUUGUGAUCAACAGUUGACUCCAGCUAAAGGUUUUAAUCUUAAUCAUGAUGAUCAGUUAACUUACUUAUCAUCAUCAUCAACUUCAUCCAAUCAACAAUCAACCAAUUGUUUAUUAUCUCAUCAAGUUUGUACUCGUUGGUAUCGUCCACCUGAACUAUUGUAUGGGUCAAAUGAUUACGAUUGGUCAAUUGACCUGUGGUCAGUUGGCUGUAUUGUCAGUGAAAUGAACUCUAAAUGGCCUCUAUUCAAAGGUGAAUCUGAUAUUGAGCAAUUAUGUUUGGUUGUUAAAUCGUUGGGUCAACCACCAAUUGAUUGGGCAAGUAAAAUGCCUGAUUACAAUAAAGUGAUUAUCGUUUUUGAUCAAAAUUCAAACCAAUUAACUUGGUAUGAAAAGUUAUAUUCAUCUUGUCAGGAUCCAUUAGCUGUUGAUUUUAUCAGACAAUUAAUUAAAUAUCAACAUCGACCCACAGCUAAUCAAAUGAUGGAUCACUCGUAUGUAUCAUCGGCAGUUUGUAUGAUCAAUGAGAAAGGCUCGUUUGAUGAACGAUUUUUAACUAGCCCCCAAUCGAUACGACAAUUAGUUGGCCCACCAAAUCAAAAAGAAUCCAACAAUUAGCAAGAUUUCUCUGACCAAGAGCGUUUGUCCAAUUUUCGUCCGAGCAAAUAUAACGUGGGGCAAGAAUUUGGUGUUGAAAAUUACAAUUCGCUUUGUGAAGAAACUCUGAUAGUCCUUCGUCAUUUUGAUUAAUUGAAAAUCUAAUUCUCAGACUAAGAUGAAGAAGAUGAUAAAAAAGAGAUCAAAUUGCUUAUUAUGAUUAAUUUGUCUCAUUUUGAUUGAAAAUC